GUCGGUUACCUUCCGUUCCGUUGCCUCUCUCUCUCUCUCUCUCUCUCUCUUGCAGAACGGACCACCGGGAACCAAGAACAAAACUACUACCCGAAAGGAAAAAAGAAAAUAAUCCUUUUAUUUGCCCUUUAAUUUCCCACCCUUUUCUGUCGUAGAAAGAGGAGGGAAAAAAAUAUUCCGGCGACCGCCUCGGCGGCAGCGAACCAGCGGCGCCGCCGGAGGGGCCCUGCCUCGCGGAGGUGGAGGAGGAGGAGGAGAAGGAGGGGGAAGGGGGGUGAGGAGGCGGCGGCGGCGGCUCUCCUUGGGAUCCUCGCUGAGAAGCUUCUAGAAGCUGCCGGGGGGGGGGGGCGCUGAGCGAGCGCGAGGGGCAGGGCGAUCUAGCGAGCGCGGAGGAGAGGGCUUCUAGAUGCAGGCGCCCUCCGUGAUUUGAAUGGAGGGUAGAUCUCGAGAGGGAGGGAAGCUUCUAGAAGCGGGGUGAGGCAAGGCGAGGCGAGGCGAGGCGGCGGUUAGGGCUUGGUUUGGUGGCCGGGGGAGGGAUGGCGGGGUGCUCGGAGGGGGGAGGAGGAGACGGGGAGGUGGCCUGCUGCGGCGUUGGGGAUACCUCGCCGGGGACCAUUGUGUGGGUGCGGCGGAGGAACGGGUCAUGGUGGCCCGGCAGGAUUCUGGGGCCCGACGAGCUGCCGCCGUCGCAGAUCAUGUCGCCAAGGUCCGGCACGCCGGUCAAGCUUCUCGGCCGUGAGGAUGCCAGUGUCGACUGGUACAACAUUGAAAAAUCAAAGCGCGUCAAAGCAUUUAGGUGUGGGGAGUUUGAUGCAUGUAUUGAGAAGGCAGAGGCUACUGAAGGGACUUCUGUUAAGAAAAGAGAGAAGUAUGCACGUAGAGAAGAUGCUAUUCUUCAUGCUCUUGAAUUGGAGAAGAAGCUGCUUGCAUCAAAGCAUCAGACUCAAGGUUCCAGACCUGCUAACGUUUCUGUUUGCUCUAAACAUAACAAAGAUCUUGGAAGUACCCGCUACAAGAGCAAAAAGAGUAAGAAACGGAAGGGCAUAACUGCUUCUUCUGAUAUAAAAAAGGAAGCUGAGCAAUAUGUCCUCCAUGCUGGCUCAAAGAGAAACUUUCAAGAUUCUCCUACUCGGGGCAUUUCUGAUAAUCUUUUUGGCAAUCACUUGGGAGACAUCUCGCAUGUGAGGCAUAUACAGGCCGGAGAAAAUUUGGAUAGCAAGGAGAAAAUCACAACUGCGGAAAAGAUUAGAUCAGAUGGAAGUGAUUUUGAUGAAUCUAUUGAAAAAUGUGACAGACGCCAACCUCUGGUUCAGAUUUUGCACAGCAGUCCAAAAUUGCCUCAUCAGUCACAGCACAAUGAUGGCUAUGGGGAUGUCCUAACUCAGGGAGAAAUGGAUCGAUCACCUGCCAAUUACCGAGCUAAAAGAAGUAGAUAUGUAUUCCUACCUACUGAUUCUGGUGAAACUCAUAGUCAUAGUGAUUUACCUUCCGUACAAGUGGCUUCUACAGGAGGUGAUUUUGAGACUGAAAGUUAUCUUCAUCAUCCUGCUUUUUCUGAGGAGCAGACAUCUUCUGAUCUUGUUGAGAAGCACAUAUAUGAGUCUUCAGAGAGGGAAUGCUCUGAGAGUGAGACAGAAGAUGACGCUGAACUUUUACAAUGUUCGGAUUUGAUUCUGCAUCCAGCAUCACAUGCCCAUGAUCCUUAUUUCUUACCAGCUUCUGACAAGUUCAGGCAUGCGAAUAUUGAUGCUGAUGCUGAUGAGCUGACCUAUUCUUCUUAUAUGUGUCAAGUGAAUGAAUCAGAAGAGGAUGGCUCUUCUGAGUUGGGCGUCUCCCAAUGGCAUAUGAAAGGUAAACGUAAUAGCCGUAAUGCACCUAAGAGAUCGGAUAUGGCAGAUGGAAAUCCCUGGUUAGACAAAUCAGAUGGUUUCAUGGAAGGAUCUCCGUAUAAAAUAAAUGGUAGAAAUCCCAGAGAAGGGAGUAUGCAAAUUCCCAAUCAGCAAUUGCUGGGGCAAAAUUUUUACCAAAACGAAGAGGUCAAUUACGAUUCCGAAGAAACAGAUUUUUUUGAGGACACAGGUCAUUCAGAGGUUAACUUGUACCAUGGUAGAACAUAUUCUUCAUGUUUGAAGGCUACAAGAGAUUUUAGCCGAAGCUACAGCUAUUUUAACGACUAUGGAAAUGAUUCUUCCAAGGUUUCUCCCCUAAACAGGGAUUCAGAUAAGAUAUUUCAUUUUGAUCGGAAUGCAUAUUGGAGCGGACCCUCAUUCUACCAAAAGUACAGUUCACGUCUUCGUGGCAGGGGCCCAAUGUUGUUUGAUGUUGACUUGAAGGUCCAGGCUAGCUACCAGGGAGAGCAUGUUCCUCUUGUUUCCUUAAUGAGCAGACUGAAUGGCAAAGCAAUUGUUGGGCAUCCUGUUCAAAUUGAAAUACUUGAAGAUGGUUCCACUGACCACCUGGUUUUUUGUGGUGAUGUUAGUUUGGAAGGGAGAACUGGAGGGCAACCUGCUUGGUGUACAGGCAGGAGGACUGCCAUGCAAAGAAUUCCCCGAUCUAACCCCUCAGGGGCAUUGGAUUGUGAUGAUGAAGGUACCCUUGCAUAUCCAGACUGGGAGAUGAAACCAGAUUUUAGAAAGUACUCAAAUUCAGAUUUUAGAAAGUACUCAAAUUCAAAUCAUCAGGUUAAGGUUGAUAAGAAAAGCAUCUCAAAUGUUAGGAGGCCGUCAGCCUCUAAAUCUCAAAAGAAGCAAUCCAAAAAAGCAAGCCUGUCAAGCCAGAAGGUCCGAACCCUCUCUUCCAUUUCCACUGGAAAAAAGCAUCAUGGAGUAGGUGGUCAAGCAAAAGCACAUAAGCAGAGUGGCAUUUUUGGCGGCUUGAUCAAACCAGGGGGAAUUCCACUUGUCACAUGUGUCCCUGCGAAGGUUGCCUUUACUAGGAUACUGGAAGCUGUUGGCAGGCCGCCCCUGGCUGUUGCUCACCGUGUUAGAAUGGCUAGUCCUGCCUUGCGAGAUCCUUCAUAGGCGUCAACUGUGAUGUUAAAUGUAUCUGGUGUUGAUUUGCUAGCCUUGGACCUGCAAGUUUCGUGUACAUUCCCAGCUAAUCGAAGAUGCGGGCUUUUCAGUCAUUUGGGCUACAGUCAGUAAAGAGCAAAUGGCAUGGUUACUUCAAUAUAACUUGGGAACAGCUGAUAACUAAUUAGCAGUGGUGACAUGACAUGUAAAGAUCAACAGCACCUGUAUAUUUCUAACUGGAGGUUGAGACCCUUUAGGCUCUCAUCACGAGUGCUUCUUGGUUCUCACACAGUAGUUGAGCCAAUGACUCCAUGGAGGGGAAAUUCUUUGCAGAGCAACAGUGUUGGUGACUAUAAAAAUGGCUUUUGGCAUAGCUGUCUCCUGUAAAGUACUAACUUCAGCAUUUUAGGAUGUCUAUUUAGCUAAUCUUAUGCAUUCAUCUCAUAGUCAAUAGUUCAUAGUUUCUCUGAUGUCAUGUAUAAUCCCCUCAGUUAUAUUCAGAUUUGCCUGUUAUUUACUGUCCAAAGAAUUAAUAGUUUCUUCGACUGUAUGUUCUGUUUAUAAGCAUGUGUAGCAAUUCGAUGUAAUAUAUCAUAACUAUUACACCAGUUGAUGUUAACAAUGUAGUUUUUCUCUGUAUCCCGUUGAUGUCAAAAAGCACUCUGAACUGUUGCCUUUC